CAUUAGAACUCGGUGUGAAUUUGAUCACUACGAAAUUGUCUUGACCUCAAAGGAGACUUCUUCUUAAACCAAACCCUCCCCCAAACGCCAUCGCUAACCCAGGGUAUAUCUUCGUUCGAAAAAUCCAAACCUCCACAAAGUAAAAAAAAAAUCCCAGAACGUUAUCUACUCACCCUCUUCUCCUCAUCAGCAGUCACAAACGUCUGAGAACUCCACGGUCUCAGGAUCCCUUCCUCAUAACCACUAGCACGCCUCAACGUCGGCGUACUCUGAUACUGAUGUUUUUUAAUCACCACCCACCUCCCACUCGCAGCAUCAAACCCCAUCCGCGGCGCAAAAUGCAUAUCAUGCACCUUGUCGUUCUCGUCUCCAAUCCCACUCCACGAAGCCGGUCCAGACACGGAUCGAAUUUUAGGAGGAGGAGGAGGAGGAAGAGGCAGCAAAGAAAGCGUAUGCAGACAAUUCUCCGCGCCCAAAGUUCGGGGGAAAUUCACUCGUUGUCUACCUCCUCCACCAUCGCGCGAGUCUCGUGCGACGACAGUGGUGCCGGUAUCGCAAGAGAGAUUGCGAGCGUGAGGAGUGAAAACAUCUUCGGGAGCUCUGAUGAAUGACGAAUGGAGACUACUCCUCCGAGAUCUCAUGACAGGAAUCGUACUCGUCAUAGAAUCUCGACCCACACUCCUCCUCCUCCUCCCCUCUUCUUG